AUGCAGCAGCUUCGAAUGCAGACACGGAUAAAGCCAGAGAGUGUGCUGUGUCACUGUGAUGCCCUAAAUGCUAUGACUAUCCAGGGAGGAGGGAUCCAGACAGACAAAGGCGCAGAUCCACCAGACAAGAAGGACAUGAAGCCCUCUACAGCCACCAAUCCAGAGAAUGGUCUCUCCGGGAUCCUGAGGCUUGUGCUGCAGGAGCUGAAUCUGUUUUAUAGCCGAGAUGUGACUGGGGUAUGUCUCCUGUACGAUCUCCUCCACUCGCCGUGGCUGCAGGCUCUGCUCAAGGUUUAUGAUUGUCUCCAGGAAUUUAAAGAAAAGAAACUCACUCCUGCCACAACUCAUGCACAGACGUUAUCCAAUGAGGUAGUGGGGAUAUUACGUGGAACUCCUAAAUCCCCUGAGACCCGAGAACUGAAACAAAUCCUCCAGGCUCCGCACUUUAAGGCCUUGCUCAGAGCCCAUGACACUGUGGCUCAGAAAGAUUUUGAGCCCCUUCUCCCCCCAUUGCCGGACAACAUCCCUGACAGUGAGGAAGCAAUGAGGAUUGUUUGUUUGGUGAAAAAUCAACAGCCCCUGGGAGCUACCAUCAAGCGCCACGAGAUGACAGGGGAAAUCCUGGUGGCCAGAGUCAUCCACGGAGGGCUGGCCGAGAGAAGUGGGCUGUUAUAUGCCGGAGACAAACUGGUGGAAGUGAAUGGAGUUUCAGUUGAGGGACUGGACCCUGAGCAAGUGAUCCAUAUUCUGGCUAUGUCUCGUGGUACAAUCAUGUUCAAGGUGGUUCCAGUUUCUGCCCCUCCCGUUAAUAGCCAGAAAAUGGUGUAUGUCCGUGCCAUGACUGAGUACUGGCCCCAGGAGGACCCCGCUAUCCCCUGCAUGGAUGCAGGGUUGUCUUUCCAGAAAGGGGACAUCCUGCAGAUUGUGGACCAGAAUGAUGCCCUCUGGUGGCAGGCCCGGAAAAUCUCAGACCUUGGUACCUGUGCUGGUCUAAUUCCUUCUAACCACCUUAUGAAGAGGAAGCAGCGGGAGUUCUGGUGGUCUCAGCCAUACCAGCCUCACACCCACCUCAAAUCCACCAUAUCAAUUUCUAUGGAAGAAGAAGACGACAUGAAGAUUGAUGAGAAGUGUGUGGAAGCAGAUGAAGAAACAUUUGAAUCUGAGGAACUUUCAGAAGACAAGGAGGAAUUUGUUGGCAAUGACCGGAAGUUCUUUAUUGCUGGCUUCCGCCGGAGCAUGCGCCUUUGCCGCCGGAAGGCUCACCUGCGCCAGCAGCGCGCGGGGUUCUGCAGCGCCAGCUGCUGCGUGAGCGCGUCUGGUGCCCCCUACGAGGAGGUGGUCAGGUACCAGCGACGCCCUUCUGACAAGCACCGCCUCAUAGUGCUCGUGGGACCUUCGGGCGUUGGAGUAAAUGAACUGAGAAGACAACUUAUUGAACAUAAUCCUAGCCAUUUUCAAAGUGCUGUGCCACAUACCACUCGUUCCAAAAAGAGUUUUGAAGUGGACGGACGUGAGUAUCACUAUGUGUCAAAGGAAACAUUUGAAAGCCUCAUGUACAGUCACAGGAUGCUUGAAUAUGGUGAGUACAAAGGCCGCCUGUACGGCACCAGCGUGGAUGCUGCUCAGGCAGUCCUUGAUGAAGGAAAGAUCUGUGUCUUGGACUUAGAGCCUCAGGGUAUUCAAAUAGCUCGAACCCAUGAUCUAAAGCCCUAUGUCAUAUUUAUAAAGCCAUCUAACAUGAGUUACAUGAAGCAAUCUCGGAAAAACGCCAAGAUCAUUACAGACUACUUUGUAGACAUGAAGUUUAAGGAUGAAGAUCUACAAGCGAUGGAGGAUUUAGCCCAAAAAAUGGAGACACAGUUUGGCCAGUUUUUUGACCACGUGAUUGUGAAUGACAACUUGCAAGACGCACGUGCCCAGUUGUUGUCUGCAGUCCAGAAGGCGCAGGAGGAGCCUCAGUGGGUACCAGCAGCAUGGGUUUCCUCUGAUGCUGAGCCCUAACAAGGUCUCCUGCUGAAUGCUGGAGUUGUAACAAUAUUCAUCUGUCACAGCUCUGGACUAACAGCUGCAAUCUCAAACAGGAUUUGCUCCAUUAUAACGUGUGCAACUUUAAAAGUGGCGCAGUUUAUUAAUAAGUCUUAUUUGAAAAAAAAUUCACAUUGUAUGUAUGUAGAGUUACCUCCUUGGCUUUCAGGGAAAAAAAUGUUUUCCUUUACCUCAUAUGCAGCAAUGGUAGGAGUACAAACAAUGUUAAGCCACCGAGUAUGAAACCUUCCUUGGAUUUCAUAUAAUUUUUGUACAAUCCAGAUAAAAGAGCCUCCCUGAAUAAAAUAAGUAGUCUUUAAUUUCAGAAACUGGA